ACGUCGGUCGACUGUAAACGAUAGUGCACUGCAAUCAUUCCGUUGGCGGACACAUUCGAGACAACGCCACAGCUACGGUCGGCAGCCCGAUAACAGUGAUCAGCGUUAUAAGCGGCACUUGCAACUUUGACGUCACGUGCCGCUAACAUGGCCCGCAACCGCAAUCUCUCUAUUAGCAGGCCCGUUAGCCUGUUCGUCAAGUACUCUGUCGUAUUUGCCAUUUUCGGACUGCUCGCCAAUACCGCGUGCCCGGCCACCUUCGCCGCCGCUGUCACUGCGACCGGCUCCAGAUCCAAGAGACAAUUGCCGCCGCUAGAACAGGGAAACCAAGUGAUCGACGACAUAUUUCAGGUAAUAAGGAUAGGCAAGGUACACAGGCUAGCAUAUAUUUAUUAUAUGCACGCGUAUGUGUGCAUAUCGGGUCUGUGUUAUUUACAUUCGAAACAGUGUUCUUUAGUGGUAAUAUAAGGGAAGGAUCGAAACUAAAGAGGAAGCUAUCCCAAACUUACUUGAGUAGGUCAAAUGGACUGUUUUUGAUCCGGCCAAUUAGACUUGCCCGCCUCCUAACAUUGAUUUCUCUACGUCUCUGUUGUAUCCCUGUUCCAAGGAACUGCUAUUUGACUCGAGCUCGAAUUUUAACCCAAUUAUGUAUUUAAAUGUUUAUUAGUUAUUUUCUAAUCUCGUCGAAAACGAGGAGCAGAGGCCACGGCCUUAGCUGCAAGAUUUUCCGCCCCUUGUAAUAUCUUCUGUCAAAGUAUUUAUCACAUUUUUUUUUUUAAAUUGACAUUAAAAAUUAGUGAUCUUAUCAAUUAUAAUAUAUAUUUAUAUUAACUGCAUAUUUUUGCAGAUAGAGUAGGUUUCGUAUUGUCUAUCAACUAAUGUAAUAACGGUUUAAUAUAUAUGUUAAGGGCAAAGUAAGAAGUCGGGUGUUGUGUACAACGCUUAAUUUUCGAAGGCAUAAUUGGAACAGGUUUACAUUGUCUGGGCAUUGUGGAUUAUAAAUUUAAAAUAUAAAAAAUAAAAUAAAACAUUUUACUAGGUACUUUAAUAAACAUAAAACUUGCAAUAGACUACUCAAAUAAUUGAUGUCUAUUAAUAGUUUAAAAACUAUUAUCCAUUGAAUUAUUUAAUUAUUAAUAAAAUUUAAUGUAAUUUCAUAGUAUUAUAUUAUUUUUUAUUUAUUAUAACAUACAUUAAAAUAUUGAAUUAAAUUAAUAAUAAUAAAAAUUAGACAUUUAUUCCUAAACUAAAUAGGUAUUUCGUGAUUCAUGAUAUUAAACGAUUAAAAUGGGUAAGUAGGUAUAGGUAAUUGUUACCAUUAAUGUUACCAAAUUGUUACACAUAAAUUUCAUUCGAUGAAAAUGUGCCCACUUAUUUUCGGGCAUUAUACGAGAGUAGGCAAAAUUGGAGUAUUAAACAAAUUGCACAAAUUUUUCGGGCAUUGUAGCACAAUGCCCGGAUUUUCUACUUUGUCUGUUACAUAUAUACUUCCAUAACAUUGCGUGAGAAUUAAUUUCAAAUAUAAUACCUCCUCUCAAAGCCAUAGCUGGGAAAACAAUUUGGGAGUACAGACUCCUAGACCCCCUUCCUCAUCCAUGACGUUGUCACUCCUGCCAAGAGUCGCUUCACACCUAAACUCUGAGGAUGAGUACAAGGACAAAAAUAUCCUUAUUCGACAAUCAGUUAUUUUAUUUUUUGACCUACUUCCCAUAUAAUGUGCCAGCCGCCAAUCAACCGUCGACGCGGACGCCGAUCAAUACUCUAACUCAUGUCCCCAUAAUAUAUUAUGCUACCGUUGCCAUAACGAUUGAAACUCGAUAAAAUCCGAUGUUUCACGUUACGACUAUCGGGUAACUAUCGGGACUAUCGAUAAUCCAACAUUAAGAUAAUAAUAUUUUCAACUCAUGUAAAUCCAUUGCCUAUAAUAAUGGCUAGCCGCCUACAGCAGCGGCGCAUUAGAAAAUAAAAUAAUAUUUGUUAUAAUCAUAUUAUGAUAAUAUUAUAUUUGUUUAUUGAGUAUUUAUAUUUAUAUUAUGUGCAACGUCUUUUCGAUUUAAAUUGUAUUAGAAUUAAUUUUAAGGACGCCGUGUAACGUCCGAUUUAAGGCGUCAGGUGUAGGCAAUUUCAACUGUAUUUCAAACAGCCGCCCAUUGCUCCAGUUUUAAGUGAUAAAAUAAUGUAAUGUUAGAUUAUUCUGAAAGUGAUUAUUCCUUACAGAAUAAUUUAUGUGCGUUUUUCAUUCAGUAUUUCAGUAUCAGGCUAAGUUCGACCGAUGGGCAUAACAGUAGUUAAUGUGCUUUAACAGUGGCAUACGUUUUUGUUUUAUAAUACGAACUUAAUCAUAUUUAAAGAACAGUAAACCUUGACUGUUUGUGUAUUUCUCGUAUACUUACAAAGAGAAAAAUAUUCGUAUUUCACUUUCAGUUUAUUUUUUUUUUCUGUCCCCAUAUAAAGAACCUGUCGUCUGUUAACGCAAAUGCUGAUCAAUACCUUCGCUCAUCCCCCCUCUCUAUUAUAUACGCUGUCGCUGCCAUAGCGAUUGAAACUCGAACAAACCCGAUGCUGCGCGCUCCGACUAUCGGGUAAACUUAGUUCCGAAACGGCAAUCCAACACAAAGAUAUAAAUAUUUUCAACUCAUGGUUUAAUCACCAAUUUUUUACAAUAGUGGUUAGUAGCCUAUAACAACAUUUUUAUAUUCUCCUUUAUCCUCUCUUUAUAUUCUUCUCCUACGCCUUUAUCUCAACUAUUUUUAUUCAAUCACCUCUCCCCUCCUCCUAAACUUCCACUAUCCGAUCCACCACAUCGUCCUUAUAUACAACCGCCGUCCUUAUAUCAUUCUUUUAUUAUUUCUAUUAUUAUUUUUUUUUUAUUAUUGCAUACGAAAAACGAUUCUGAGUCUAGUUCGAUUAAUAAAAAGCAAGAAAAAUUUUAAAAUAAAGUGAAAUAUUCCAUGUCCAUGACUCUAAAUUUAAAUUAUAAAAAGUUUUUCAUGCGUAAUACUAUUUCGUGUGAAACUAUCCUGAAAUAUUUUAAAAUUUAAGUUUCUUAUUUUUUCAUAAUCCUUUUUUAAUUUUAUCGAUUACAGUGCUAUAAUAUAGUAUGGACGCAAAAAAUAAACCACUUGAUAUAUAAUUUCAAAUAUUAUAUUAAUUAUAUAAAAGAAUUGUUCUUAUAUAAGUAAUAUUUAAAGUUUAUCGAGAAUAAAAGUCAAAUUCAACUUUUUCUCUUCGUCUUUUAAAAAAAACUGAAUAAAUAAAUAGAAGAUUAUUGAAAUAAGAUAGUUUUUACUUUAAUAUAUUUUUUUAUAAUAAAAAAACAAAUUGCCUAUUUUAAUUUUCUUUGCCGUUUCCAUGUUUAUAACACUCACACUAAAUGCAGUUUUGCGCAACCACACACCGAAAUAAUGUGUAAACUAGAUUGCCUAAAUCUUACUCCUUAAUAAGCGGCCAAAUGUCUGAUUAAUAUUAAAAAUAAAAAUGGAAUUUGCAGAAAUUAGAAUUUUAAGACGGAUGAAACAGUCGAGAAGAUAAAUGAUAUAAGUGUAUAAAUAGAAAACGAAGACGAUGUAGGUCAAGGUUUAUAGAGAUUAUUAAUGGGAAGUAUAAUGAGAGAAUUCAUGAAAAUGAAGAUGGUAGGGUGGAGAAAAGGAAAAAGUGUAACUGAUCAAAUCCAUAUACGUAUAGAAGAAAAUAUUACUUUCUAUCGAUUUUUUUUAAACAGUUUUCACCACGAGUGAUGGAAUAUCCAAGGUUGAUUUCGAGUCUAGAGUUUCACUUCAGUGAUGAUCCUUAAAAAGUCAUAGAUUCUGUGUAGAUUAUUAUUCAUAUGGCAUGGUUACACUAUAUGUUAUUAAUAUUAAGAUAAUAGAAAAAAAGAAUUUAAAAAUAUAGCAACAAUAUGCCAGCGCACCCUCAAUCAAUUCUAGCUAUCAAUUAUUUGCUAUACAACAUAAUAAGAAUAUCACUAAUGCACCAUUAACUUUGACUAACAAUAAUUUAUUACUUCAUUUUAUGUCGAAAUUCACUAAACUGAUAAUGACUUUUAGCUUUAUCUCGAUUUCUAAGAUUGGCCGAUAGUUAAAUUAUGAAAUUAUUAAGAACAAAGUAUUUUAAGUGGGAAAUUCACUUUAGAGGCCUCUUGUCAAUCAAAACAAAAUUAUUUUGUACACUAUAGACAAUGCAAUGAAAAACAAAAUAGUCAAAUCAUCGUUUGAGCAAGAAGCUGACGUUAUAAUACAAUAAUAAUAAUAAUAAUAAUAUGUUCAUAGAUCCCGAUCAGCACCCUGAACGCCGUCGGAUCGUUGAUCAAGAGCACCCGGCCGUUGGUUCGUAGGACUCGCGAACGCAUCCAACAGUACUACAACGGUGCCCAACAGCAGCCUUUACAAUUCCAACAGCAGCAGCAACAGUCUCUCUAUUCGUAUAGUAAUAGUAAGCCCAGGCCGGUACAGCAGUAUUCUCCGACCACUUCACAGAACUCAUACUUUUACGGCAACAGCAACAGAUGGAAGCAACGACGAGAGGAUCCACUGCCCCAAGGUCGGAAACACAGCCACGUAUCAGAUGACUAUUAAAACAUUUAAAACCAUGGCCGUAGUAUUAUUAUAGGUAUUGGUAUCGUAGUAUAGUAAGAAAUU